GUUAAUUAAGCGUCAGUCGAGGAAAGGCGUGUUAAAAGACAGCAGAGAUGGCGACACGAUGGGGCAUUGCGAGCACAGGAAAGAUCUCCUCAGACUUCACGACUGCCAUGAAGGCGCUGAAGGACGACCACCGCCUAGUAGCUGUUGCGGCUCGGUCGCUGGCUGAUGCCCAGGCCUUUGCAAAGAAGCAUGGCGCCGAAAAGUCUUACGGAUCCUAUGAGGAGUUAUCUAAGGACCCUGAUGUCGAGGUUGUGUACAUCGGCACGAUUCACCCGUUCCAUCUGCAUGUAGCUAAACUGAUGAUCAACGCUGGAAAGCACGUUUUGUGCGAGAAACCCCUGUGCAUGAACGUUAAGCAGACGAAGGAGCUGGUGGCCCUUGCUCGCCAGAAGAAGGUCUUCUUGAUGGAGGCUGUAUGGUCUAGAUUAUUCCCAGUGUACAAGGAAAUGAUGAAGAGAAUAAAAGCAGGUGAAAUCGGAGAUAUUGUACAGGUAAUCUGUUCUUUCGGCCUGCCUAUAGGAACAGACCGCGUUCUGAAAAAGGAGCUCGGAGGUGGGGCUACCUUGGAUCUGGGUGUUUACUGCGUCCAAUUUGCUUCACUGGUCAUGGGGGGUGAGAGGCCAGAGAAGAUUGUGGCUGCUGGUCAUCUGAAUGAAGAAGGCGUCGAUGCAACAACAAGUGCUACUAUCGUCUACUCCAAGGGAAGGGUUGCUACUUUGAACUGCUCUUUUCGGUGCGAAUUACCCUGUGAAGGCAUUGUCAUUGGUACAAAGGGUACUCUAAAGGUGGCAAAUCCAAUCUGGUGUCCUAUUCACCUAGAAUCGCCUUCGGGAAAAUUCGAUUCUCCCUUGCCAGACCUGGGAGGAAGCUUCAACUUCUUGCAUGGCCAAGGGAUGAUGUAUGAAGCUGCAGAAGUGAGGCGAUGUCUGCGGGGAGGCUUGCUCGAGAGUCCCUACAUAAAACUAGACGAAACCCUAAUUCUGGCGGAAACCAUGGAGUCUGUGAGGAAGCAAGUCGGAGUCACAUACCCACAGGACGCGUAACCAAAAGUGAAAUAUUGAAAGGAGUUUUUAUGAAAAUGCUGGCGUGAUUUCUUUUCUACUGACUUGGAUGCUAUAUUAAAAAAAAAA